UGUGUGUUUCUGGAAGUGGGCCCUGCAGACCCGGACCAGCCGUCCUCCAGCUCUCACUCCAGCGUCAGUCCCUGGAAGAUUCCCUGCAGCACCAAGCUGAACGACAGCAGCCUCGCAGGCACCUUUGUCCGCUGGGAAGAGAAUGCUCUGCCCUCCUCGUUAGUCCUGGAUGAUGUUGAGAGGCAGAGCACCUGUGAGCUGGAGGUGGAUGCUGUGGCUGUGGACAUCCUGAACCGUCUUGAAAUUGAAAAUCAGAUCGGCAGGAACCCCGGACUGCAGGCUAUUUGGGAGGAUGAGAAGCAGAGGAGGAGGGAGAACAACCAGACCUCCCAGAUAGAAGCGCCGGAUUCACAAGAUCGGGGCUCGGUCACUUCAACAGAGAGUGAAAAAACCUUCAUGAACAGACUGAAGGAGAUUCUGAGGGAGAACAAGUUUGAUGUGACCCAAGAUUUGUUUGUGGAUGAUGAACAGGAGAGUUUGUCAGCCGAAUUCACUCUGCAUCCUGACCUCCUGCCCCCUGACUUAGUGCCGUGUACAGCUGCUAACGCCGUAGAGGUGCACAGAGACUCCCAGCCAGACUCGGUGAGGAGUGGUGGAAAAGUCCCAGAGGAAGCUGUUGUUGAUGAAGAAGCCAUCUUAAGUCUUCUGGAAAACAGCCAGACGUUUCUCCCUCUCUCACAAACGUCCAACCACUCCACCCUGUUAGAAAGCAGCCAGGAUCAUGCCCUCAUUGAUUUGCUGGCUGGCCUGGAAGACGAUGGUUUCCACAGGACUCCACUAAUACACAGCUCUCAGCCUCAGUCGCUCCCUGGUGCAUCAACCUACAACUGCAACAGUGAUGAAGAAGAAGCCGGACCCGAGCUGGAAAAAGAAGAGGCUGAGCUUAGUAUGAUAAUGUCACAGCGGUGGGACAGCGAACAUCCUGGGAGAACAAACCCACCGAGGCCUGGAGUCAGGGAGGCAGAGGACGGCUUCAGCGAUGAGCAGCAAGAGUCCUCUGACGAAGACAUGGAGUGGAGUGGGACUCACUCUCUGUUUGCUAAUCUGUCCAUCCCACAGCUGGACGGGGCAGCAGACGAAAGCAGUGAUUCUUCCUUAACAGACAGUGGCUCCAUGUCUCAGUCUUCGCUUACAGUCACAGAGAAGCUGUUGGGGAAAACAAAUCCCUGCACUGGAGAGACUGUCCACCUGGAGCCGCCGUCGUCAGCGAAGAUCCUGCUUUGCAAACAUCCUGAGCACAGGCCAGUCCGUGGGCUGGACACGGAGGAACAACUCAAAAACUCUUUUCAGUUAAAAAGCAGCCCAGACGGCUCCAGUGAAUGUUCAGCAGGGUUCAGGGUUAAUAAAGAAAUCCCAUACAUCCUGCCAGUGAAGCACCCAAUUCCUCGCAAAAUAGCCAAUCACUCUGAGGUGUCUACUAUCUGCAUGAACAAGGAGGACAUUCGACCGUUGUACACGUAUAACAAGAAAAGUUCCAAACCUGUGGAGAAGGCUGAUCUGGAAGCCUUCCCUUUUAGCAGUGGAAAGGUGUCAAAAAAUAGGAAAAGGUACAGCAGCCUUGAGACUGUAGAAACUAACCGUUUAUCCAUCUUUCAGAACCACAGCACCAUCUCCCUUUGUUACUCAGACCUCAGAGCCUGCUCUGCUAAGACAGAGCUGGAGCUGAGCACUAAGGAGAGAAAAAGCCCAAUUCUGAGGAGCCUCACCUCAACGCCAUCCCUCAUGAAGGAGGGGGAGUUCAUCGACCACAGAGAGGAAGAACUGGCCCCAGAGAGUGAGGAAGGAGAUGUUGGGGAGCUCAAAAUCAGAUAUGAAGACUACCAGGAAAAUAAAACCGAGAGGACUAUUGUUGCCCAGCAGGAGGCACAUUACAAGUUCUUCCCCAGUGUUAUUCUCUCCAACUGUCUCAAUAGAAAGAAGACUGGAAAUAAAAAGCCAGCUGACACCUGCAGCAAGCCAGAGCUGUCUCCGACUUGCAAGUUGAAGCUGAAACUUCCUAAAAAACGGUUAGGAAUGACGGGGCACAGGAACAAAGCAGGAACAACUCAAAGCCCGAUCUCCGACAGUCCAGUUUGCACUGGCCUCUGUUCAGAAACAUCUGCUUGCAACCAGACUUCAGACAUAGAAGGGUCAGUUUCAGAGGAUCAACCAAAACCACAGGCAGAAGUAAAUGAAGGCGAGCCAAAUGAAGAAGUUGAGCCAGCUAUAAAUGAAGAGUUGGACAGUGAGGAAAAGACAGUCGAUGGGCAGAUAGAACCAGUGUCGGAGGCUGUUGUCUCCAACACCACCAUUACUUCCUCUCUUUGUGAAGAAGCCAAAGAUGUAACUGAGGAUCAGUUGAGCCUUGGUCCAGAUGUAUCUGCGAAAGUUAGCUGUACUAAACCAUCAGCACUGCCCGGGAGUAAAUACACACUGAGGGCUAAACGGAAACAGAACUUUGAUGGUACUGAUGAAGAUCAGCCAGGUUCCAGUCGUUAUAAAAACUCCAGCAAGUUUCCCAGGGGCCAGGAGACCAAAUACCAGAAAAGACGCAAGAAAGAACCUCCCGUAAUUAUUAAGUACAUCAUAAUCAACAGGUUCAAAGGUCAGAAAAACAUGUUGGUGAAGAUGUCCAAAGUGAAUGCAGACGAACAGCUGGUUAUGUUGACUGCAGAUAAAGUGGAACAUUACAAUAAACUGGCUCCUCUCAAGAGCUUCUGGCCUAAAGUGCCAGAGUCCACUGCCGUCAGGUUUCCCGUCAAAGAGCCCAAAGCCAAAAAAUCGCCCAAGCGAAAAGCUAGGGUCAACAACACAGGCAAGAAGACGAUCAACAUCUCUCCCAAAAAGCCUCUCGUCAGACGAGGGCAAAGGAUGAGGAGGAGCACAGGCUGUCAGAGACGCCCACUUCUGCCCUCUCUGCCCCCCCCUCGGCCAUGUUACUGUGAGCUAGCAGAUGACUUUGAGAAAGAGUACACGGAUGUCAUGGUAGAACUGGGCUAUCUUUCUGAUAGAUCCCCAAGCCCAACAGAAUCAACGCCCCCGCGUUGUUGGUCCCCAAGUGACCCUUUUCUAUACAGUUCAGAACAGCUGAUAAAUCCACUCAGUGAUCCUUGCCUUAGCUCUGCAUCACUAAAUCCAUGCACAAAGUCUGUGACUAAAAGAGCCCAAAGGAGAAGUCGAACAGCCAAACCUAAGAAGUCCACGGAGUCUAAGAGAAAAGUAAACAUGUCCCCUGCUAAGCCCUCAGAGGUACAAGAGCCCAAACAGGAUAAAGCAAGGAGAGGUGUUGCUGCUGCUGCAAGGCAAAGAAAGAAAGCUAGCAAUGCAGCUGAAAGUCCCGCAAUAUCUCCACAACCCAGAAGGUCCCGCAAAAAGAAAACCGACAAACCUAAAAGUGAUGAUUUAUGCAAAGAAGACUCCCAGCUGCUUUUCUCUGAUGGCGGGUUGGCUCCAUCAGAGAGUUCCUCUCAAGACAUCACCUCCUUUCAGCAGUCGCUAGGCACCGAUGGCACCAGUCAGAGCAGGUCCUCGGCUUCAGACACAUUGAUGCCCACCUCAGCUCGCUUUAUUGAACCAAAGGCUGAGGCCUGCGAGACCUCAAUCAUGCAAGUUAACCAAAACAUGCUGGCACCUGUUGAGAUGAAGCAGCAGGGUUGUCAGACCACUGUGGUAAAGGUAGAAUCUUGUCCAGAAGAUUGCAUUGCCCCUCAGCCGCCAGCAGAGACAAGUAAUGAUGUCCAGAAAGACAAAGGUUGUCCCCCUUCAGCUCCUAAAAAUGGAGAGACACCAGCUCUCACUGAGACUCCGUCUGGCUUGGCUGUCCUUAAGCAGCUCCUCCAGAAGAGGCAGCAGGGACAGGCCCUUCCUCUACAAGCAGUUGGAACAGACAGACAUGCCGCUGCCAUAGCUCAGGCCGCAGUGCUGCUAAACCCCUCCACUAAACACACUAAGCCCAUUAGAACCCCUUCCACUGCUCCUCGGAAACCCCGGGUCCCAAAGUCUACCGCUCCUAAGGAGAAGAAGCCCAGAAACAGGAAAAGCAGGACCAGCAGUACUCAACCAGACCAAUCAGUGAAGCAGGUUGGCGGUAUGUCUGAUGACUGCCUUCUCUUCUCCUCUGCACCGAGUCUCGCCAGCUGCAACUUCAUAGAGGACAGCUUGUCCCCAGAGCUCCCACAGGACUACACUUUCGAUAUAAACACUAUUCACCAAGCAGAGUUCUCCAGUCCCUACAGCGGCAAUCAGUUUGUUUUAACCGAUAAAAACCUGCCUGUCAAGUUCCUCAGUGACAUCUGCCAUGAACCUCCAUCUGCUCAGGCGCAGAGCUUGGAAGGUCUUCCUCAGAGUCAGACCGAGAGAGACUCUGAUGUGUGCAAAGUCAGGCCUGCCAGCCCUGAACUCUUUGACAGGUCUGGGAAUGGAGAGCCCUCAACAAACCUUGCUCAGCUUCAAUCUGAGAAGCACAGACCAGAAAGACAAAGAGAGUGGGACCUUUCUUUCUGUAAAUCCCAUACCCUCAGCCCUUUUCAAGACUUCCACUGUGAGAGAAAGGAGUUCCUCUUCUCAGCCUUCGACCCGAUCAUACCUUUGUCUCUAAGCUCUGUGUCGUUUGUCGACCAGGAGGGCUCACCGACUAGCGAACAUCACGAGAGCAUCGAUGGACUUACGUCCACCACACCCAGCAGCUCCCCUCACUCAAUCAGUUCUCUGUCACAUGUGAGAGCAAGCCAGCUUCAGCGGGGCGCCGGAGGUGGAGCCCAUGUCCUCAAGCCUCUCAUGUCCCCUCCGAGUCGGGACGAGAUCCUCAGCACUCUGAUGGACCUGGAGAUGUCAGAAGCCACGUUCCAGGAGCCCUUCUGCAGUGAUCCAUCUGACAUCCCAAACAAGCCAAUGGAGGUUGGGGGCCGUAAGCUCACCGUGGGAACCAGAUUAGUGAGGGAGCUCCAAGAGUUUGGAGGAGACCUGUCUUUGGAGGGCCUCCAUUUCUGGAAGACCGCCUUUUCCGUCAUGACGCACCCCGCCACCACUAUCACCUCCUCUCAGGGAGCAGAGGUCGAGCAGACAAAAGAAGAAAAGACGGGGCUUCUCACAUCCUCAGCCAGCGACAAGAAGGUCAUCCUUCUGCCCUGCAGGAACCCACCGAGCCACGAGCGCGUGCAGCUGUGGCUGGAAGCCAGGAAGCAGUACGACAGCCUGCAGAAAGAGAGGAGGGAGCCGGGGAAGGAGCGGGAGGGGGCAGAUGUGGAGCAGGAGAACCCUGACAGAACCAAGUUGCCAGAUGUUUCCAGAUGCAUUUCAGUUAAUGUCGAACACUGUGGGAACACUUCCAGUGUGAGAACUCGCAGGAGAAAGAAGCUCAGCCUGUCCUUAGCCUUGUCUCCUCUGGUGGACACAUGUCCUCAGUCCAACACCGCAGCACUGAGUCCGGUUUCAGAUGAGAGCACUGUGAGCCCCCAGCCUGAGAAACAGGAGGACGCCUCCAACAUGACGUCUCCAGAAUCCCCAGAGCUGCCUCCGUGGCAGGAGUCUCACCAGCUGAGCCCAUCGGCGCCUGAGCGACUCGGCAGCAAGAACUCACCAGAACCACCAUCACCCAGGCUCCCCGACUCACAGGAGAGAUUUGGAGCGGACCAGUCUCCCUCUCCUUUUCAUGGUGCAGACAGGAACGGUGGCAGCAGUCCACACCGCCUACACACCACCCCCUUCUUAAGGAAAAGGCGGAGGAGCACGGAAGAUCUGGACCCAGUCUGCAGCACGCCCAUAAGUGAUAAGGAUCCUGUUUCUCAGAGAAGAAGAAGCCAGACCGAUCCUUUGAGGAGAGUAUUACUGACCACACAAAUGAAGAACCAGUUUGCUGCUAUAAAUGUGCCAAAGAAAGAACAGUCUCAGAUUGAAGGGCCAAGUAUUGCCAACUCAUACGGCUUCAAGGUCAGCAUGCAGAAUCUGCAGGAUGCCAAAGCUCUGCAUGAGGUCCAGCACCUUACGUUAAUGGGAAUGGAGCUCCAUGCUAGAAGCCGCCGGGACCUGGAACCUGACCCGGAGUUUGACCCAAUAUGUGCCUUAUUCUACUGCUUCAGCUCCGACGCGCCGCUGCAGGGCGGAGACAGAACUCAGCUGACUGGUGCCAUCAUGGUGGACAAAGACCAUAAAAGCUGUGGUCAAGGUCCCAGAUCGACGGCACCGCUGCUGGUCAGGUCAGGAGUCUCUGGGCUACAAGUUAUCUACGCCAGGGAGGAGAAGAUGCUGUUUCAGGAGCUCAUCGCCAUCAUGAGAAGGUUUGACCCAGACAUCCUGCUGGGAUACGAGGUGCAGAUGCAUUCAUGGGGCUUCCUUCUACAGCGCGCCGCUGCACUAGGAGUGGACCUCUGCCAGCAGCUGUCGCGGAUCCCAGGUGACUCCAAAGAGAACCGCUUUGCCGCAGAGAGGGAUGAGUACGGCGCCGACACCAUGACUGAGAUCAACAUCAUCGGCCGCGUCACCCUCAACCUGUGGAGGGUGAUGAAGAGCGAGGUGACGCUGAACAACUACAGCUUUGAGAACGUGGCCUUCCAUGUGCUCCAUCAGCGCUUCCCCCUCUUCAGCCCCCGCACGCUGUCCGACUGGUUCGACCACAUCACACACUUGCACAGGUGGAAGAUGGUGGAUCAUUAUGUGAGUCGUUUACACGGCACCAUGCAGCUGCUGCAGCAGCAGGACAUCAUUGGCAGAACCAGUGAGCUGGCCCGGCUCUUUGGAAUCCAGUUCCUCCAUGUUUUGACUCGAGGAUCCCAGUACCGUGUUGAGUCCAUGAUGCUCCGUGUGGCCAAGCCCCUGAACUACAUCCCGGUGACACCCAGCGUGCAGCAGCGAGCCCAGCAGAGGGCGCCGCAGUGCAUCCCCUUGGUGAUGGAGCCCGAGUCCCGAUUCUACAGCAACUCUGUGGUGGUGCUGGAUUUCCAGUCGCUGUACCCCUCCAUCGUCAUCGCAUACAACUACUGCUUCUCCACAUGCCUCGGCCACGUGGACGGCCUGGGAACGCCGGAUGAAUUUAAGUUUGGCUGCACUUCCCUGCGGGUUCCUCCUGACCUCCUCCACCAGCUCCGUAAUGACAUCACCGUGUCCCCGAGCGGCAUCGCCUUUGUAAAGUCGUCGGUGCGUAAAGGCGUCCUGCCUAGCAUGCUGGAGGAGAUCCUGAGCACCAGGAUCAUGGUGAAGCAGUCCAUGAAGAGCUACAGGCAGGACAAGGCCCUGAUGAGGCUGCUGGACGCCCGGCAGCUUGGACUCAAGCUCAUCGCUAACGUCACCUUUGGCUACACCUCAGCAAACUAUUCAGGACGCAUGCCCAGCGUGGAGGUGGGAGACAGCAUUGUCCACAAAGCCAGGGAGACCCUGGAGAGAGCCAUCAAGCUGGUCAACGACACCAAGAAGUGGGGAGCCCGAGUCGUGUAUGGAGACACAGACAGCAUGUUUGUUCUGCUGAAAGGAGCCACCAAGGAGCAGGCCUUCAAGAUCGGCCAUGAGAUCGCAGAGGCCGUGACCGCAACCAACCCCAAACCUGUCAAGCUCAAGUUUGAGAAGGUGUAUUUGCCCUGCGUGCUGCAGACAAAGAAGCGCUACGUGGGCUACAUGUACGAGAGCCUGGACCAAAAAGAGCCUGUGUUUGAUGCCAAAGGAAUAGAAACGGUGCGUCGCGACGGAUGCCCCGCUGUUUCCAAGAUUCUGGAGCGCUCCAUUAAGCUGCUGUUUGAGACACGGGACAUCAGUCAGGUGAAGCAGUUUGUCCAGCGUCAGUGUGUGAAGGUUCUGGACGGCCGGGCUAGUAUGCAGGACCUGACCUUUGCCAAGGAGUACCGAGGCAGUGGCUCGUACCGGCCCGGAGCCUGUGUGCCUGCCCUGGAGCUCACCAGGCGGAUGAUGGCGUACGAUCGGCGCCUGGAGCCCCGCGUGGGCGAGAGAGUCCCCUAUGUGAUCGUGUAUGGGAUGCCCGGCGUGCCCCUCAUCCAGCUAGUGCGCCGGCCCAUGGAGGUGCUGCUGGACCCCAGCCUGCGCCUCAACGCCACCUACUACAUCACCAAACAGAUCCUCCCGCCGCUGGGCCGCUUGUUCCAGCUCAUCGGAGUGGACGUGUUCGGAUGGUACCAGGAGCUCCCCAGAAUCCAGAAAGCGUCCUGCUCCUCUGUGGUGGGGGGCGAGGAGCCCGCUGGGAGGAAAGGAACCAUUUCUCAGUAUUUCACCACGCUUCACUGCCCUGUGUGUGAUGAGCUGACCCAACUAGGAGUGUGCGCACAGUGCAGAGCCGACCCCCAGCGGGUAGCUGUGACCCUGUACCAGGACAUGAGGCAGUGGGAGAACCAGCAGGAGCAGCUGCUCAAGAUCUGCAGGAACUGCAGCAGUUGUGCUGAGCGACAGGUUUCCUGUGUGUCCCUGGACUGUCCCGUCCUCUACAAGCUGUCCCGGGUCAACAGGCAGCUCUCCAAGGCCCCAUACCUCCGACAGCUGCUGGAGCAGUUCUGAUUGGC